ACACGAGGAAGGAGUAGUUGCGUCUACUCCGUACUAUUCUCUAUUUUAAGCCACAAAAAACCGAAUUUCAUCAGUUCAUCACCUUCUAUCUCUUGGCACGGUUGAGCUAUCGCAAAUCGCAAUCCAAUUUCACAAUCAAACUUAUCUUUGCACUGUUACAAUAAUUGAUAUCUGGGGAAUACGAAGAUGUCGACUGUGAAUGUUCCUCCAGUGCCGCUUACUCCUCGCGAUGAUGUUAUUCAACUUCACAAAGCCUUCAAAGGAUUUGGUUGUGAUACUACAACAGUGAUCAAUAUCCUUGCUCAUCGUGAUGCUUCACAGCGUUCAUUUAUCCAACAGGAAUACAAAACUUUGUAUUCUGAAGAUAUUCUCCGCCGUUUGUCAAAGGAGCUCAGUGGUAAACUAGAGAAUGCGAUUUUGCUUUGGAUGCAAGAUCCGGCAGCGCGUGAUGCUGUUGUUGUGAAGCAGGCAUUGACUGCAAAUGAUCUCAGAGGUGCCACUGAAGUUAUAUGUUCUCGUACACCUUCUCAGAUACAGACUUUCAAGCAGAUCUACCAUGCAAAGUAUGGGACCUACCUAGAGCAUGAUCUAGAACGACAUACCUCUGGAGAUCACAAGAAGCUUUUACUAGCAUAUCUAUGCGUACAGCGUUAUGAAGGUUUUGAAGUUGACAGAAUGAUCACUGAGAAUGAUGCAAAGGCACUCUACAGAGCUGGAGAGAAGAGACUGGGAACUGAUGAGGAUAUGUUCAUAAGAAUUUUUAGUGAGAGAAGCAGGGCACAGUUAGCUGCUGUAGAUUUAGCCUACAAUAAAAUGCAUGGUCACACUCUUGAAAAGGCUAUAAAGAAGGAAACAUCAGGGAACUUUGCAUAUGCUCUUUUGACAAUUGUAAGAUGUGCAGAAAACCCAGCAAAAUACUUUGCAAAGGUACUACGAAAAGCAAUGAAGGGUCUGGGAACAGAUGAUACAACACUGAUCAGAGUUAUAGUGACAAGGGUGGAGAUUGAUAUGCAGUACAUCAAAGCGGAGUACCAGAAGAAGUAUAAGAAGUCAUUGGUUGAUGCAGUUCACUCUGAAACUUCUGGCGAUUACAGGAAAUUUCUUCUUGCUCUCCUGGGUCCAUAAGAUUGAGAAUGUGUUUGUGUUAAUUAGUAUGUAUUUAUCUAUGUACGUAUUGUUAGAGAAUAGUUUACAUUGAGCUUAUUAAUGUGUGAAAUGAAAACUUUAUCCAGUGUCAAUUUAGUCGACUGUGUACAAAUUAGUCGACUGUGUGAUGAAGUGAAGAUUGCUUGUCUACUCAGCCAAAAUUAAAAAUAAAAUUAAAAGAAACUCAAGAUUGCUUGUCUGAAUUUCUUUGUUUGUUCAGCAUAUUGGAUACUUCGUUUUUUAUUCGA